AUGUAUCCCCGCACUUCCCAACCGCAAAAUACAGUCCUUUACACUCAGUGCAAUAGUAUAACGCAUCAUUUCAAAUCGACAACCAUUAUAAUUGAAGCGGACGAGUAUAACUGGCACUCAACUGCAACGUCUCAAUAUCUUGUUGUACAAGCCAGAGAUGCGGGUGAAGGUGAGGGUGAAGCUUCUUGUUCCACCUCAUUGCACGCCAUUGUCAAUCUGCUCACCAUGACGACAAACAAAGAGAUACUCAAAGCUAGGAGUGGACCUCGAGCAAGCGCGAUCGCUGUACCAAGUACCAUUGUUGUGAAGGUUGGAGUCGAACAGAAGAGAUAUACACUACACAAAAAGCUUCUCGAGCACCAUUCGGGCUUCUUUCGAGGCGCGCUGUCUGGCAAGUUCAAAGAGACAGCUGAUGGUGUUAUCUCUAUCCGCCAGGUCGACACCGACGCAUUCGAUAUCUUUGUCGACUGGAUGUACGAGAAGAAGCUGUCGGAACACGUGCGAGCGCCUUCUCUGUCCGCAGAUCGUAUUUUAGUUAAAUACCGUGCCUACAUUGCAGCAGACAUGCUCUUAGCUGCCGAAUGGAAAGAUGCUUUAAUGGAAAACAUCUCCUAAGUUAUACGCCGAGCCCCACCCUAUCCGCUCGUGGUAAUUCGCGUUUUCGAAAAUUUACCCGCGGAGGACCCUAUGCUUCAGUUGCUUGUGGACAGUUGGUAUGUCAAUGAUGGUUUUGGCAGUAUUACCGAAGAGCAGCUUUAUCUUGUGUCUCAGCUUCCACACGAGUUCUAUACACGAUGGAUUCUCAAAUAUGUUAAGUUACAAGAUGGAAAACCGAGAAAGAAGCGGAACGCGAAAAGCAGGCGUUGACCGAGAUUUGACCGACUGAACGUAAGGAAGGGAAUCUUGAAUGGCGAGAGAAUGGACUGCGUAUGUCGGAACAAACACGUCGGCGAUAGUCUCCGAGCGAUGGGCUGAUGAAACACUUGAAAAGAAUCUGGCAGAAAUUAGGGAUGUAGUCAAUCUAAAGGGUUUCUUGACACGAUCAUGAACAUUCGAAACCUUGUCAAAGUUGAGUUGUG